GGAGUGGCGGACGAUAGAAUGGAACGGCUGGCGCAUCCCGAGGGGUUCUCCCCGGCGGGGUUGAAGGUGCUGGUCGUAGAUGACGAACCGCUGGCGCUCAUGAUUGUCGAGCGCAUGUUGCAAAUUUGCCAGUACACGGCUUCCAGCCUUGCAAGGAGUUUCAUGUUCGCGGAUUUCACGAAAGUGUUGCAUUGGAAAUUUGUUUCUCUGUUGGAACCUGAAGCGAGUUUCGAAUGUGUCUUGGAGUUUAAUUAUGACGAAUUCCGGGCGGGUCGGUUCAAGUGAUAAUGGGUUGUGAAUUGGUGUUCAACAACCCAUUCAAAUAGCCUCGUCAAAGUUGAAAUGUCUGUAGCAACCCGUCAGCUCAAUUGCUCAGUACAUACGGGCGCCUACGAAGUUCGAGGUUGAACUCGAACUGUGGGUGUCACCUUCGUUGAACGCUGACGUAGUGUGCAUAUGAGUUCUAAAGGGCCCAUUGACAGUGAUCUUUCAGCCAUAUAUAUUGCCCAUUAGCAUUGUUGUGCUUUCAGUUACAAAAGUGCCAGGUAUCAUCAUAUAUAUGUAGCUCUUAUUUCGGUGUUUGGAUGUUAUGUGGGGUGAUUGCAGUGACCACAUGUAAUAGUGCCACUAAGGCCCUCGCAAUGCUGCGAGAAAACCGCAAUUAUUUUGACCUAGUCAUAAGCGAUGUUUACAUGCCAGACAUGGACGGUUUUAAGCUCCUUGAAGCGAUUGGGCUGGAGUUGGAUUUACCUGUGAUAAUGAUGUCGGGAGACGGAGAAACCGAUUCUGUCAUGAAGGGAAUCAGGCAUGGUGCUUGUGAUUAUCUCUUGAAACCUGUCCGCCUUAAAGAGCUCAUAAACAUCUGGCAACAUGUGGUACGCAAGCUUGUUACACCAAGAGAUAUUCCAAAAGAGGAAUCAGGAGAGUGGGAUGAGUUUCCAAAACAUCAGGAUAAUGCAGAUUUUGAUUCAACGGCACGCAAGAGAAAGGAGAGGUCGGAAGAUGUAGCUCAACUUGUGGAGGAUGUGAAUAAUUUGAAGAAAGCUCGCGUUGUCUGGUCUGCGGAACUACAUCAACAGUUUGUCAACGCCGUUAACUACUUGGGUGUAGACAAGGCUGUGCCUAGGAAGAUACUAGAUAUUAUGAAUGUUCAAGGACUUACACGGGAAAAUGUGGCGAGUCACUUGCAAAAGUACCGAUUGUACUUGAAGCGGUUGAUUGGGGUGACACCACAGCCGUAUCCUGUAGCCUCAUUUCAGGCCGCUGAAAAUGGUACCUUCGGGGGGACUAUGCAAAUACAACCGGGGGGGCGCCCCGCAGCCUCUACCAGCACGAAGGGUCUAAACCUCGGUGGUGGUGCAUCAAAUUCUUCCAUAGGUGGAUUAAGCCGGAGUGGGGUACAAAUUGAUGCUGCUACACUGAACGCGUUGGUUCAGCUUCAAAGUCUUCAACAACAAAAGCAGCUUGGUCCAACUGCUGCUCGGAGUGGCCUAACCACAGAUGUCGUGAACUCGCAAAUCCCAGCUGAUCCGACAGGGCUCCAGAGGCUGGAUUCUUUUGAACUUGACCUCCUGAUGAAGACUCAACAUGAUGCGAGUCGGCAGCGAGGUAGUGGUGGUAGUACGGAUCUCGCAGAUUUGUUGAAUUGUAGCAAGGAUGCUCUACCUUACAUGAGCAACUUGAGAGGACAGUGUGAACUUAAGCCUGCUGUCAUGGGCUCUACAAAUCCCCUCGUUGGUAGUGAGCCAAUGACAGCCAUGUCAAUGAGUAACUUGCGAGGUGUUGACGACGGUGGUCCCAGUUUGGGAAGCACGGAAGCAGGAAGAAGUCAUAUGGUGAAUAAGUUGGGUAGAGAUUUUUCGAACUCAUCGCCAGCGUUUUUCUCAUCUACAUCGCGAAGUAAUGGUGGUGCCGUCUCGGACAGUAGCUUCAGUACCAACUACGGUGACAUUCCUGAUGGGCCUCCUAGUUUUCUGGUUGCGUCACCUCCAGAUUUGUCUCUCUUGGGGCAACUACAAGCCUUUGAUCAAGUAGAGUUUGAUUAUGGCCAAUUAUCCCAGCCUCGACGGUCAAUGUCAUACUCUAGUAAGACGUAGAAAGCCAGCUUUUUCACUGUAACAUCAGCGCCACCUCUUAUGAGUGAUGCAUUGCCACUUUCUAAGGCUCUAUUUGAGAGAGGCUUUCCAGGUUCGAAUUUGAAGAAUUCAGGUUCAGAUGUGUCCAGAGGCCAUUUAACGGUGGACUUGGGUGCCGGUGGAAUUACUGCUACCCUUUCUCCGAUUGCUCUUUUUUGCUUGACUUCUAGCACCUUGGCUACCCCAGUGCAAGUUGACUUUAGAUUAUCAUGCUGUCCAAGGAUCCCAUUCAUUAUUGCCAGAUGGAAGAGCUCUGAAGGUUGUGCUCUUAGGAGCUGUACUUUUAUGUGUUGUCCGUGUCGAAGAGGGACCCAAAGUAGAAUGGAAAUGGAACUAUUUGCAGUUUGCAGGUUUGGAAGAACUUUUGAAUUGAGAUUGGAAAGGUGUGACCUCUUCUUCGAAGGCAAGUGCACGGGACACAGCAUGUAAAGCUAUUUAAAUUCAAAGUUAUCUAUAAUGCAUGCAGGGAGUUUUCUUGGUUACAUCCCUAGUGUACAGUUUAACUUCUUUUAUGAAACCAGUACCUCAUGGACCAUGUGAACCUUCCGCUGAAAAGUGAUACUAUGACCUUGUAAGUGUAUUCCUCAUGAUUGCUUUAGCUCGUAGGUGAUCGCUAAUUUUGGAACUUAGUUUGACUUCUAAUGUUUACUACUUAUUUUGAUUGUUUUAGUUGCCAUAUGAACUCGUGUUCCAUAUUUAUGUCCAUCAAAGGAACUUGUGUGAUUUUAAUUUUAAACUUUGUAAUUGAGACAGUUUCUCCCACUA